UCCAACAACUGCUCUUCUACAAAACCAAACCGUUGGUGGCAGAUUUCAGUCACAGAAAUCGCAAAAGAAAAUGAGAACCCAAACGCCAAAAUUAGGGCACAAGACCCUCCUCUUCCUUCUGUGCUUCAUCGGGUUUCUCACUCCACACGACGUCGUCGCAGUUCAGAUUCUUUCCAAAUCGAAGCUCGAGAAGUGCGAGAAGACUUCCGAUUCCGGAAACUUGAAUUGCACCAAGAAGAUCGUCCUCAACAUGGCCAUUCCUAGUGGCACGAGCGGCGGAGAGGCAUCAAUUGUUGCCGAAAUCGUAGAGGUGGAAGAGAAUUCAAGCCAAAAGAUGCAAAAUUUUCGAAUUCCCCCUGUUCUGACCGUCAACAAGUCCGCGGCUUAUGCAUUGUAUGAGCUUACGUACAUACGAGAUGUUGCCUUUAAACCGGAAGAGUACUAUGUUAAGACCCGCAAAUGUGAGCGAGAUGCAGAUGCAAAAGUUGUGAAGAUAUGUGAGAGGUUACGGGAUGAAAACGAUCACAUUAUUGAGCACACUGAGCCAAUCUGCUGUCCUUGUGGGCCUCAGCGGCGGGUACCUUCAUCAUGUGGAAAUGUGUUUGAUAAGUUGAUGAAGGGAAAAGCGAAUACUGCCCAUUGUGUCCGUUUUCCGGGUGAUUGGUUCCAUGUUUUUGGUAUUGGACAGCGGUCAGUGGGAUUCAGUGUUCUAGUUCAGGUGAAGACAGGAUCUAAAGUUUCGGAAGUGCUUGUUGGUCCUGAGAAUAGAACAGCGAUAUCCAAUGAUAAUUUUGUACGAGUUAAUCUUAUUGGAGAUUUUGUUGGAUACACAAAUAUACCAUCAUUCGAGGAUUUCUACCUUGUAAUUCCGAGGCAGGGGGGUCCUGGUCAACCCCAGAACUUGGGGAGGAACCUUUCUAUGUGGAUGCUGCUAGAGAGAGUAAGGUUUUCUUUAGAUGGUGUUGAAUGUAAUAAAAUUGGUGUCAGUUAUGAGGCUUUCAAUGGGCAGCCAAACUUUUGCUCUUCACCAUUCUGGAGUUGCUUGCAUAAUCAAUUAUGGAAUUUCUGGGAGGCUGACCAGAACCGAAUUGAAAGGAAUCAGUUGCCACUUUAUGGUGUGGAAGGAAGGUUUGAAAGGAUAAACCAGCAUCCAAAUGCAGGAACUCAUUCGUUUUCCAUAGGAGUCACUGAAGUUAUUAAUACUAAUCUCUUGAUAGAACUAAGUGCUGAUGACGUAGAAUAUGUCUACCAAAGGAGUCCUGGGAAAAUCUUAAGUAUCAAUGUCCCAAUGUUUGAGGCCCUUACUCAAUUUGGAACUGCGACAAUCACAACAACGAAUACUGGUGAAGUGGAAGCAUCAUAUAGUUUAACGUUUGAUUGCUCUAGUGAUGUCACCCUCAUGGAGGAACAAUUCCUUAUUAUGAAGCCAAAAGAAACAACAACGCGAGCCUUCAAACUUUACCCAGCAACUGAUCAAGCUGCAAAAUAUGUUUGUGCAGCUAUACUAAAGGACUCUGAUUAUAAAGAAGUAGAUAGAGCCGAGUGCCAAUUUUCUACAACAUCUACUGUCCUUGAUAAUGGAUCACAGGGUAAUCCUUUUAAUCCACCAAAGACAGGCACAACCGGUUUCUUUGACUCUGUUGAAAGCAUUUGGAACAAUCUGUGGAAUAUUUUGGUAGAUUUCGUCACUGGAAAAACUUGCAGAAGGAAAUGCCCCAGGUUCUUUGACUUCCGGUGCCACAUACAGUAUAUAUGUAUGAGUUGGAUUGUGAUGUUUGGUCUACUUUUGGCAAUUUUUCCAACAGUGGUUGUGCUACUGUGGCUUCUACAUCAAAAGGGACUUUUUGAUCCUUUAUAUGAUUGGUGGGAAGAUCAUUUUUGGGAUAAUAAUCAGCACACCAAGGAUAUUCGGAAGCACAGAAGUGACGUAGAACACUUGCACACUCAUGUUCAUAAACAUCAUGGGCAUGAAGCAAGGAACCACAAGCAUGGUUCUCAUCAUAAGCGAAGAAACAUUCACAAUGAUCACAGGCGUAACCAGUUUGAAAGAGGCAGCGAUUAUUACUACCAUCUCCACCACGUCCACAAAGACAAGCCCAAGCAUGGGAGAAGAAAGCAUUCAAGUAUUAUGCAGAAAGUUGAUGAAAAUACCGGAUACCACAGCCAUAAAAAUGAAAGGAGACUAACCAAAGAUUAUUCAUAGUGACCAGACCAGACCAGACGCAAUCAAGUGAACGCAAGAGUGAAUUUGUUUUAUUCAAAACCCAGAACAGCUCCGUCUUCUUUGGCACAAUUACUUCAACAAUUCACAACUACAGAACCUAGCCACCGCUCCCUUGAGUUUCUGGCAUCUGGGAUGCCUUAGCUAGCGGUAACAAUGCUUGCGAAGCCAUUGCCGCAAUUCGACGUGGAAUGGUACUCUUUAGGGGGGUGAUGUUUCAGGGUGUGUAGCAGAAUUUGAUAAGGCAAUUGAGUUGGAUCCUCGCCAACAGGCAU